AUGUCUGCGCAGAAACAGAGAAAGAGAGUCACUCUCGCAUGCACAUACUGUCGGAGCCGGAAAGUCAAGUGCAAUGUCCAUGAGACGCUGCCGUGCUACAAUUGCUACAAGGACGGACAAGAGUGUGUCGUUUUGCCCACAGAUAAGCGGAAGGACCGAUACCGCAUCAAGUACUUGGAGGAGCUCGAGUCCAAAGUAGCCCAGUACGAGAAGUUGAUCAAGCAAGUCCGAGGAAACCUCGAUGCCACGACCAGAUUGCUAGAUCCAGACACGACAGGUGUUCUUGAGGAUCCAACAAGUAGAGAAGCGUCUUCCAGCGCCCAGCCGAUUCUCCCGACUAUACAAGGCAAGUAUCUUCAGGCGAACAACUUUGCCAACGACGAGAAUCUUUCUGUCGCCGUUUACGGGCCCACCAGUGUGUUUGACACGGAGAAAAUCCAGGCCGAGGCAUCGAAAGUGGCGUCUUUGAACUCCGAUCCGGUUCUUGUAGAUUGCAUCAAGCUUUUCUUCAAAUGGCAGUAUCCAGACAUGCAUCUGUUCGUUUUCCGUGAGGCGUUUUUGCUCGACUUCUUCAGCCCCAAAUCAAACGGAGUGUAUAGUUCUGCCGAGCUAGUUUAUGCCAUUUGUGCUAUGGGCGCCCUGGUGUCGGAGGAUCCCCACAUAAAUAAAAGGGCAGGCGAAUUUUACACCACUGCUAGAGAGUCCUUGAUGAAGUUGACAGAUUAUCCCACCAUCAGUUCGCUUCAGGCAUACUUGCUUUUGGGCUUGUAUGAUGUCUACAACGGGAAAAUCAACAGUGGCUGGAUCCUAUCUGGAGACGGUUUCCGUGUGGGUUUUGGUAUUGGGUUUCACUUGAGCCCAGAAAAUUGGUUGGUGAAGCAAGACGAGGAAGUGAGCGACAUAACCAUCAGUGUCCGGAGCAGAAUCUUCUGGGGAUCGUUUAUGGUCGACAGGUUUCUCAGUCUCAUUCUUGGCCGGCCCUGGACGUUGAAAACAGACGACUCUACCAUCUCAGGCUCCAUCAAUAUGCCUGCCAUUGAUUGGAUAGACGAUUACACAUACCCGGGCACAGCAUCAUGCAAAGCACCCUUGUACAUUGAUGUAUCCAAUCCACUUAAGAACAUGAUUGAUUUGGUGGCCAUCUCCGAUGAAAUGCUCCUGCGAGUAUUUCCAAGUAAGAGAGCCAAGGAGCAAAGGGGCAUGCGCCAAAGAAUUCUUCUCUUGGAAGAGUAUAACAAGAAAAUCGCCAAUUGGAGGCAAAACUUGCCUCCCAUCAUGCAAUGGGACACCGAAGAUUUGGCGAAACACGGGCAUGACCACACCAAGAUGUUCAUGAGAUUUUUUUAUUAUAUUGUGUUGCUUUGCUUGAACCGUCCGUUCAUUGAGGAAACUAGAGGCUUCAAGGACAGCCAGAACGCCAUGAAAGUGUGUGAAGUAGUGAUCAAAGAUUUGCACACGGCAAUCCGCUCUUUCGUCGGCUCCCAUGGUUUUCAACGAUGUUCGUUUCUCAUUCUGUAUUCUUGCAUCAUGUGUGUUUCCAUCAUUCUCUUGUCCAGUAGUGGUGGGGGCUUGAUCCAAGACGUCAGCCUCGAGGACUAUUUUUUCGAGUUCAUGACGGUUCUCAAGCUCUCAUCUAAGACUUGGAAGCUUUCGGAAAGAUCGUACAAUAAGGUGAGGCUCACAUUGAAGAACGAGUACAAGGUCAGUUACCACGAUCUAUUUUCCCGCUUUCUAGAGAAAAAACAGACCCUCGACGACGGGUUUCUUGUCCAGGGAAAUUCAAUCAUAUCAAUGAUUAACACCGAAGAUCUGGAUCCCCCCACGGAUCUACCAUCUUCAGGCUGGGAAGCGAGCUACGCAAAUCUAGAAGAAUUGGCGGGGUUGGGCGGGCCCCCCGUUUUCACCACCACAGAGAACAACGAUUGGUCCUCCUUGUUUUCUUCCUACGAAUCGCUUUAUCAGGACUAA